AUGGCAUUUACCCUGACGGAUAUGAACAUCCUGAUGACCAAGCCAGAUCACUUCUAUGGCGCGCGUCCUGGACAGCUUGAGCGUCAAAUCCGCAAUGAACUUAGCGACCAUAUCAUUCCAUCAACACAGGAUGAUCUUCCAAUAGCACCAAACUUCUUCUUGGAAGCAAAAGGCCCUGAUGGAUCCUUGGCUGUGGCUACACGGCAGGCUUGUUAUGACAGCGAACUAGGAGCUCGGGUGAGAACCCCCACUGGGUCAAUUUAUCAUGGUGGUACACUCAAGCUAUACACAACCCAUCUCACCGAGUCUGAAGGGCCAGGCCGUCGCCCUGAGUAUAUUAUGACCCAGCUCAAGGGCUGGUCGAUGACCAGUGACCUGGAAACCUUUGGCAGGGAGCAUCUGCAUACCAAAACGCUCAGGACUGGGCAAAGGGAAAAAGGGACAAAUUUAUUAGGGCUGCAAAUGAAACACACUCAAAGGCUCAAUCUCAGCUUCUCCAUGCUACAUCUCAGUGCCAGAUGGCUUCCGAAGCAGCCCUUACCUUAG